AUGAGAAUUUCAAGUGUCGAGAUACAAUACCCUCUGAGGCUAGCGGCCGCCUUUGCGAUUCUCCUACCACUGUCUCUGCUUGCAAUAUACCUUUUGACGAUACCGAAUGCCAUAAAAGAUUCGAGACGGCGUAAACUGCCUCCAGGUCCGGCAGGACUACCAUUCAUUGGAAAUCUGCUAGACAUUGCAGAUUCCGAGGUCGUGCGGGAUAAAGCGCGUGAAUGGCACCAAAAGUUUGGAGACAUCUUCUAUACCAAGAUCGGUGGCACAGACUAUGUCUGGCUGUCAUCGCCCAAAGCCGUCCGAGAUCUCAUGGACAAGAAGUCUGCUGUGUACUCCUCCAGGGCUCCGACACCAUUCGCACAAGAUGUAGCGAGUGGUGGGAAACGGCAACUUUUCAUGCAAUACGGACCCGAAUGGCGGACCCUACGUAAAACUAGCCACAGCUUGCUCAACAUCUCCUCAGCAGUGAGAUACCAACCGAUUCAGGACUUCGAAUCCAAACAGUUAAUGCGUGAUCUUCUGGAUACUCCGUCUGAUUUCUACCAGCACAACAGACGUUACAGUUCAUCUGUGAUCAUGCUUGUCACAUACGGAUAUCGUCUACCUUCCUGGAAACAUCCUCUCAUGGCCAAGAUCUACACAGUCCUGGACAAUUUGACGGAAAUGACCGCACCAGGUGCUCAUGUUGUCGACAGCUUCCCUUCGCUGGCUCGUUGGCCUCAAUGGCUUCUUGGCAACUGGCGUGACCAAGCAGAGAAAGUGUUCACGCAUGACAGCAAGGUUUACCUUGGCUUGUGGAAUCAGCUGAAGAAAGAGGUCGACGAAGGUACUGCUAAAGAGUGCUUUGUCAAGGACUUCUAUCUACAAAACCCGGAAAAGCACGGUAUAGAUGACCUCUUGGCAGCUUAUACGUGCGGCGGGCUUGUUGAAGCUGGAUCUGAGACCACAGCGACCACGCUAAACAACUUCCUUCUUGCGAUGGCAAUAUUUCCAGAGGUGGCUCAAAAAGCUCAACAGGAGAUUGACCAAGUAAUUGGAAGUACCAGACUGCCUUCGUGGGAAGAUGAAGCCAAUCUACCCUAUGUCAGAGCUCUAGUGAAAGAAGUGCUGCGCUGGAGGCCAGUGAACAAGUUUGGAAUGCCACACUGUACGAGUGAAGAUGAUUGGUAUGAGGGUUACUUCAUACCCAAGGGCAGUGUAGUGAUGCUGAACUGGUGGGCUAUCCAUUAUGAUCCCAAACUGUUCCCACAUCCAGAGACAUUCGACCCCACUCGUUUCUUAGGCCAUUCACAACCAGCAGCAGACUACAUCAACGCGAACGACCCUGGCAAGCGAGAUCACUUCACAUAUGGUGCUGGAAGGCGUGUAUGUCCUGGCGUUCACGUCGCGGAGAGAUCACUCUACAUCAACAUUGUUCGUACAUUGUGGGGUUUCAAUAUCAACAAAGCUAUUGAUGCAGCGGGAAAUGUGAAGGAACCUUCGCAGACCAUGGUUAGAGGAUUCCUCAGUGUACCGGUUGAGUUCGAAAUUGAUAUCAAACCUCGAUCAACUGGGCACGAGCAGAUCGUGCGUGAGGCAUUUGCAAAGGCUGAUGAGGAGGGAAUUGUCUUUCGUUGA